CCGGUUCAAUCGUGGAGGCUCCGCCCCCGAGUGCUGGCAGCUAAGCGCGCUAUUGGGCCGGUACCAUGGUGUCCCGGAGACAGCGGCCCGGGAGUGGGCAGAGCGAGCAGUGGGUGCUGCUGGCACCGGGUACAUUGGGGUGUGUCGAAUCACUUUCUGAUGAUGCCAAGAACUUGAGUGACAAGACAAUUUUUGCAAAGUUGCGAGCUCCAUGUACAGAUAAGGGAUCUAUGUUCUUGUUUAUUGACUCUGGUCAGCAAAUCUGUGAGGUAAAGGCUUUCCAUGAAGAAUAUCGGUCAUGGUUUAUAGGUCAGACUGUUCAACAAGAUGGGAGACUGUUGAUUGCAACACCAAUAGAUCCAAUGUUUUUAGUUUUGCACUAUUUGAUAAAAGCUGAUAAAGAGCAAGGAAAAUUUCAGCCAGUGGAGCAAAUUGUUGUGGAUGAAGAGUUCCCAUCAUGCAGCAUGCUACUUCAGUGCACUCCAGUCUCAAAAUCACUUCACCACGUGACAGAAGAAAAGGAAAUAGGCAGCAAGAAAUUUUACAAAUACAGCAAAGAAAAAACAUUGGUGUGGUUAAAGAAAAAGGUUGAGCUGACAGUUAAGGUUCUGAAAAGUAGUAAUAUUUGUGUGGGAGGAGGUGUACAGUCUGCUACCUUUAUUCGCAAUACACAAGGAUCAGAUGUUAAAGAAGAAGACUACACACGGUAUGCACAUGGAUUGAUUUCAGAAUAUCUCACCGAAGAUCUCCGAGAGGAUUUGUCAAAGUAUUUAGGGCUUCCAGAUCUGUCAAGUCCGACUCCUGAGCCCCCAGUAAAGAAAAGGAAAGUUUCUGAGGCGCCUGUGGAAGCAGAGGAGGACUACACAAAGUUUAAUUCAGACAGCAAGAACAAAAAGUCCAAUAGCAAGAUGACAGCAGCCCAAAAAUCACUGGCUAAAGUGGAUAAAAGUGGGAUGAAAAACAUAUCAGCGUUUUUUAGUCCCAAGGCCAAGGCCACAAAGUGAAGAAGAAAAAGAAAAAAAGAGAGAAUAUUUUUGUUGUUCUGGUUGGAACGUUUAUGUAUUUUAUAAAAUAAAAAUAUUUUUGUUGUUUCUGUA